AUGAUGCUCAACAUCGAUACCGGCCACUCAGAUUCGUGGGUUCGGUGUCAUGACUGCGAUUUGGUAAGUUGUUCACAGCCAACCUACUUCAAUCACCACAAUUCGGCAUCAUAUAACAAGCUCCCAUGCGGAAAAUGCUCAUGGCCAGCUAGGUGCAGGACAAGUGAGUGUACACUGCAGUCCAGAUACUCAAAUGGUAAUUUCGCUCAUUCGGUGCUGGCACUCGAAACCUUCACGUUGCAGAUUCAAAAUGGUGGAGGUGAUGAUGAUGAGCCGAGGGAAAAAAAGUUUCAAAAUGUGCCUGUCGGUUGUUCUUACGCAGACGUUGGAUUUCAUGACAUUGAUGGAUCACUAGCACUGAGCAGGGGCAAAAGGUCGUUCUAUACAUUUCUGAAAGAGAAUUAUUCUGUUAAUAAAUUCUCAUAUUUUCUUAUAGAUAGACGAGUGGGCCUAGAUGGUGUUUCAGCUGAUCUUAUCUUCGGGGAAAGUGAAGUGUCCCGUGAUAUUUUUUACACACCGAUGAUAGAUGACUAUUAUCAUCCCGGCCAAGACUAUGGGGUGGUAGUGACGGGGAUAGAGGUUCAGGGUCAAAAGCUUGCGGAGACGAGUUUCCCUAUUAAAAUGGUUAUUGACUCAGGGGCGACCACAACUGAUCUUCCGGAUCCAAUAUACAUUGCAUUGGAAAAACUGUUCCUUGGUUAUGCUAAUGCAAUGGGUUGGGGAUCGCCCUAUAGGAUUCUUGGCAGGCGUCCAUGUUACAAGGUAAUCGAGGAUGAUAUCGCCGACUCACCAACUGUUACUUUCACCUUCAACGGGAGUGACGCUAAAAUGCUGUUAUUGCCGUAUAGCAUAUGGAGUUAUGUCCCGGAUGUCAAAGCAGUUUGUUUCGGGUUUGGUUCUGCAUCAAAAAAUGGUGGCGUGAACAUCAUAGGGAAUAUAUUUCAGCAGCACACAAGGAUCGUCAUAGAUCAAACCAUGGGGAAUCAUCGUAUCGGUUUUGAUCCCUCUAGUUGCUGA